AUGGAGAGCAUCUCAUUGACAUUGGAGGUGCCCCAAGAGAUCUACGAUGUUAUCGACACACUCAAUAUGAGUACCUCGCCACCAAUCGAGAGGCUCACAUUGCAGACGACAUUGCCAAACAUGACCCUUGCAUUCCUCCAACGCAUCGCCACUGACCGAUCGGUGCCCAACUCUCUGGCACUGAUCAUCACGCCACCAGCACGAAUAGACGAUCACGAUGGCUCAGUUGUGUAUGACAAUAUCGAGAUGGGACCAACAAUGCGAAUCUUCCGACUUGUUCUCUCGUCGCACUUUGCCCAGCUCACAUCACUCACCCUCCUGGCUUGCCACGGAUGCACACACGCAGAGCUAGACAGACAGCUGUGGGAUCGCUCGCCAGCCAUACACCGCAUCCUUGGCAACCUCAACCACCUCGAGUAUCUUCGCAUUGGCCUCUUUGAGGAAAGGGACAUGGAUGCCGACAACGAGCAGGGCCUCCCCUGCAUAUGCUACCAGAACAACAGUUGCCAGAAGUACCGUGACAAUGAGCCCGAUAGCAACCUCUACGAUAUGCUCUGGGAUGAUAGUGGAGAUCCAUACAUUACAUACAUGGUGUCGUUUGUCCGGUAUCUCUCGCAAGCAAGAUCUUUGCGCACAUUGCACUUUGAGGACCGGAUCAUUGGUGGAAUAAACGAUCCUCUGCUCAGCUAUCUCUUUGGGUACACAACCGAUUCAGAUCGUGCCCAAGCUGCCAUCAGCAACAACAAACUUUACACGUACUGUGACAGAGACCGAGAUCGACACUAUCCAAAUCGAGACAUUGGCUGGAUUUCAUCGAUCAAAUGGCAGUUUGGUGAUCCAUCGUCUGUGAAUGACAUUGACGACAGUGACUACAGUGACGACAGUGACGACAAAUCUCUGACAAGCCUGUAUCAUCGUACUAUCCAGGCUCACACAAUUGAGCAUCUCACCUUUGGUCCAAUGCAUCUUAUUCCUUUGAACAGACACUUCAACACCCUGACACUGAACAAUUCAAUGAUCCACAACCAUCUGUAUCCUCCUGCGAAUAUCAUUUCACCAGAGGUUCUCCAAUCGCUGGAAAUCAAUGUCGACCUUUUGAACGUUGAUAAUUACAAACGACAAGACAGGGGGUGA